AUUAUGUGUCUUUUUUGUGUCAUUUUGUGUCUUCUUUUAGUAAUUUUGUGUCUAUUUUGGUCAUUUUGAUACUGCCUCCAGCGGCCCCCAGGUAUUUUGAGUUUGAGACCCCUGGUUUAAAUUGAUACUUGUGUAACAUUUGUUAUCAUUGUGUAAUUUUUAGCAUGUAAAUGGAGGGAGAAAAGGCAAUAUCGGCUUCAAGAAUCGGCCCAAAAAAAUCGGCAGCACAUAUCGGCGAUCGGUUAAGACUCAUGUCAAAAUAAUCGGUAUCGGCAUCGGCAUUAAAAAACCCGACCACUAAAACAAACCGAAGGAGGGGCUGUGCGUUGGCAGCCUGAGAGAAUUUGCUACCUGACAGACCUUUCUGAGGGCUAAACGCGCCCAUGAGUGUAAAGCUUUCCAUAGUGAGCUGUUAGCAGCUCGUCUUCAGGGUCUACAGGGUCCUGGUCCUGGCAGAGGUCGGUCUGGAGCUGCGGGAGGACGCCUUCUCUCCGCGGUUGAACGACUGAGAUUCUGAAUACUUCCUGUAGCUGUCAUCCAUCCAUCCAGUCACUGACAGCUGAAAGCAAAAGGGGGUCUGCUGAAAACUGGAGUCCAGAUAGUGAUGAUGCAACUAGUCCCCAAGGAUGUGGACAUCUUGAGCUCUACAGGCUGAUCUCUUGUGGAUAGUAGUAAUUAUGAUGGCACUGGGAGCUUCAACCCAAAGGAGCAAAUAUUUACCCCCGGGUAUUGAGCUCUGAGAACCGGUUUACCCAACAGGAAUGACUCCUCUGUCAGCUCAUUGAUUCCCAGCUGAAGCCACAAUAAUCUGACAGUGUUUACUGAAGGUGGUGGCUGCUCUCUGUUCCCAACCACACCUGUCUUCCUGCUGCUCCCAUUCAGACACACUUUAAGCUGCCAAUCCUGCAGAGAAAUGUCUACAGAGUGGGGCGAGAAGUCCUCCGCGGAGCUCAUGAGCAGGUAUGUCUCCAAGGAGAUGGGAUACGGCGUGCCCAAGGAGGGUUGGCGCAUCUGUCUGGCACACGAGUUCAAGGAGAAGAGGAAGCCCUUUCAAGCUAAAGAUGUCUCGCUGUCCAACGUCCUGGAGCACAUUGGGCUGGGAAUCAGGUAUCUAAAGUGGUGGUACAAGAAGACCCAGGUGGAAAAGAAAGCUCCAUUCAUUGAUAUGUUUCGUGCCCAGCCGUUGCGUCAAAUAUAUGGUGCCCCACUUGGCGGUAUUGGAGGAGGAACCAUCACGAGAGGUUGGAGGGGGGAGUUCUGCAGAUGGCAACUUAACCCCGGGAUGUACCACUACAAAACUGUCACAGCAAACCAGUUUACGGUGUGUUUGAGACGAGGAGGGCAGACGGUCUACCAGCAGGUGCUCUCUGUGGAGCGUCCUCCCACUCUGCAGGGCUGGAACUGGGGCUACUGCGGAGAGUACGCCUUCUACCACGCCUUGUACCCGCGCGCCUGGACCGUCUACCACCUGCCGGGACAGAACGUCACCUUAACCUGCAGACAGAUCUCCCCCGUCAUCCCCCAUGACUACCAGGACUCCAGCCUCCCGGUGGCGGUGUUCGUGUGGGACAUAGAGAACAGGAACGACUUCGCUCUGGACGUCUCCAUAAUGUUCACCGUGGUCAACGGCUCGGGACACAAGGACGACAAGAGCGGAGGACACUGGAACGAGCCCUUCCACCUGGAGAAGGAGGGCGAGGCGGUGUCGGGGGUCCUGCUGCACCACUGCCCCGCUGUCAACCCGUACACUCUGUGCAUCGCAGCCCGAGAACAGGCUGACAGGGAGGUGAGUCACCAGACGGCGUUCAGUCCAAAGGGAACCUGCAGCGGCCUGUGGAGUGACCUCAUUACUGACGGACGGCUGGACUCUCCGACAGGCUCCAGCCCUCCGACGCCGAAGGGAGAGAAGGUGGCGGCGGCGCUGGCUGUGGGCUGCUCGGUGGCGGCUCAGGGCCACAACAGCCUGGAGUUCUGCCUGGCCUGGGACAUGCCCACCAUCACCUUCGGCUCCAGGGAGAGGGAACACACCAGGAGAUACACUCGGUACUUUGGGAGCAAAGGGGACGCAGCGCCGUCACUCAGUCACUACGCACUCACACACUACACAGAGUGGGAGAGGAGCAUCGAGGAGUGGCAGAGACCAGUACUGCAGGACAGCUCCCUGCCCUCCUGGUAUAAGUCGGCCCUGUUUAACGAGCUCUACUUCGUGGUGGAUGGGGGGACGGUGUGGACGGAGCUCCCAGAGGACGCUGACGUCAGUGGCGGCGUGCGCAGCGAGGACGGAGGACUGCCAGCUCAGCCGGCUGUCAUCAAGGAGUUUGGCCGUUUUGCCUACCUAGAAGGUCAGGAGUACAGAAUGUACAACACAUACGACGUGCACUUCUACGCCUCCUUUGCUCUCAUCAUGCUGUGGCCCAAACUGGCCCUGAGCGUACAAUACGAUAUCGCCGGCAGUGUGGUUCAGCAGGACCCGACAGAGAGGCUCCAUCUGAUGAGUGGGAGGUAUUCUGCUGUCAAGGCCAGAAACGUGGUGCCUCAUGACAUCGGAGACCCAGAUGACGAGCCAUGGCAGAGGGUAAAUGCCUACCUCAUCCAUGACACCGCAGACUGGAAGGACCUGAACUUGAAGUUUGUCCUGCAGGUCUACAGGGACUUUCAUCUCACCCAGGACAGUCAGUACCUGCAGGACAUGUGGCCCGUCUGCCAGGCGGUGAUGGAGUCAGAGAUGAAGUUCGACCUGGAUGGAGACGGUCUCAUAGAGAACUCUGGGUAUGCUGACCAGACGUACGACGGCUGGACGGUGACGGGACCGAGUGCGUACUGUGGCGGGCUGUGGCUGGCGUCUCUGUGUGUGAUGUGUAAAAUGGGCAGACUGGUGAACAACGAGGAGGCCUACCAGCGUUACAGAGACAUCUUAGACCGAGGCAGCGCUGCUUUUGACAAACUGCUGUGGAACGGCAAGUACUACAACUAUGACAGCAGUGGCAGAGACCUUUCUAAUAGCGUCAUGUCUGACCAGUGUGCUGGCCACUGGUUCCUGAGAGCGUCCGGACUGGGAGACGGAGACUACCAGGCUUUUCCAAAAGAAAAAAUCCAGAGCGCACUGAAAUGUGUCUUUGACUUGAACGUGAUGAGCUUCGCUGGAGGCCAGAUGGGGGCGGUGAACGGCAUGCGUCCUGAGGGAGUCCCUGACCGCUCCAGUGUCCAGUCAGAUGAGGUCUGGAUUGGAGUAGUGUAUGGACUGGCAGCCACCAUGAUCCAUGAGGGUAUGCAGGAGGAGGGGAUGCGCACGGCGGAAGGUUGCUACCGAACUGUGUGGGAGAGGCUGGGCAUGGCCUUCCAGACGCCUGAAGCCUACUGCGAGAAGGGCAUCUACCGCUCCCUGGCCUACAUGAGGCCUCUGAGCGUCUGGGCCAUGCAGCUAGCCCUGAACAAUUCACAGAAGGAUCCAACCACAUCGGCUUGAACGGGAGCCACAGAUGAGGAGCAGGAACUGGAUUUGAAAGAAAACCUGAGCCGUUAGACGGGGCUUUUAGAGAGAAAAGACCUCUGAGAUCUCCUGCAGCCGCCACCCUGCAGGGCUGUUUGACCGCUUUCAGACCACAGUUUUUAUUUCUCUGUUGUUGUUUUUUUGCUUUAAAUUUUUCGGGACUCUAGAUCAUGAUAUCGUUAAGUGAGGAGUUUAACAAGAGCCUGGUUGGUUCGUGCAGCAUAGGGUGGUAGCCAAGCACUGACAAAAUCAUAGCCAGUGUGUAAUGGCAAUUAAAAAGCAUAUAUUGUCUAUUUGCACGCAUGUACACACAUACACAACCACACAUGCAAGCACUACAUUUCACAAUCAUUUCUAAAAUAAUGCUGGCAUACUGGGAACAAGUUCAUACACUAAAUAUCUGAGGACAUGUAGUCAAUAUUGUCUUCAACAUUUGAGUGCAUCAGAGGGUCCUGGUGAACGAGUUCUCCAUCAGAAAUAUAGACACCUGAAAAGACAACAGUCGAUGUGAACGUUCCCUAGAGGUACAUUUGAAUGCUGUAAUAAGUGAUGUAGUAUGCAAUGACUAGCGUUUGGAAGAGUUUUCCUUUUCUUUUUUUUUUAUAGCAUUUGGUGCCUUGUUGCAUGUUGGCCAUAUCUACAGUAUAUUCAUGUAAUGGCAACAUUUACUAUGUUUUCUAAAUUCCAAUACCCAUGACAAUCAUCCUGAAUAAAUGACUGAAGACACAAGACCAA